AUGCUAUGUGCGGUAUGCGUUUCGUUAGGCUUCAAGAUCCCACAUACUAUAGUACUCUGGUCUCAGCCAGUCGUCUUUGUUCAUGCAGAUACAUGUUGAAGAAGGGCUCACAAGAACACACAAAGACAAUGUGUAUGAGCAUGUGUCUGAAGAGAUCAUUGGAAAGGGUACCGUGGGCUCUCUCGAGAUCACCGAUGACGAGGGCGGAAUUACGUCUUGCAGCCACCGAGGAGCACCGCCGUAUCAGAAUGCGAUGAAGUCAAGUCUGAUGGGAGAUCUUACGAAGCGCGAUGCCGCUCAGGACGAAGCCUUUUGGAAUGAGUCACGGCAGGUUUCGAAUGGCACCGAACUUCAGAUGCCAAGGUGGACUCCCCGCGACAAGAUGAAUCAGGUGUCCCUUUGCCAACGAUUCCCCACAUUCCAUCAUGACACUAUGAGUGAGAUGAGUGAGAUACGCUUUGACGUUCGAUGCUGGAAGUUGGGAAAAAACUUUAGUCGUAUGGCGCUCGCCGUUCUGUUAUUGACUCGGUUACUGCCACAAGCGUUGACGGGUUUGUCUGGAUAUUGUCACCGGGUUGAUGGGCUUAACGGGCAUAUCGAUAGAGUCGACGAUGAGUUAGUUUCUAACUCGCGGGAUGUUUGACCUUGCAGCAUCUAGCUUCUGGGUCGACAGCUGAGUCGCACACGACGUGGGUAAUCUUACAAGGUGGAUAUACUCUACAGUGAGUGGUGCUGGCCUUUGAUUUUCAAG